GGGUGAUUCCAGAUUCACCAUCCGUCAAUCUCGUUCUAAUUUUGAGUUCUACCCCAUUCUUGGGCUUAGACUUCGACUUGGGCGUGGCUUGAGGCGUGUCAUAUAAGUGACUUUCAGAUCCAUGCGUGGGCGUGCCGCUAAUUGGCCCCACUCCCCAGCUUUGGUCCUCUGGGAUUGAGGGCGGUGACGCCGUUGGAAUUUUCAGGGGAAAGAUGCCCACGGCUGUGGUCGACCUCGAAUUGGGCCACUCGUGUCGCGUUCGAGAUCAUAUUUGGAAUUCCAGCAACUACUUGCCGGAUCUGGGCGAGGCCACCCAUGAUUGGGAGUUCUUCAUCCGACCCAAACAGGGCCAGACCAUGGACUACGUGGAGAAAGUGAUUGUCAACUUGCACCACACGUUUCCCAAGCCUCAACGAGUGCUGACCAAGAACCCUUUCCGAGUGAAAGAGAAAGGCUACGCCGGGUUCGAAAUCUUUGUGGAUGUUUACUUCAAGGGCCUUUCUGAUGCGGAUAGUGCUAAGAAGGUGACCAUUCAGUACGACCUGUUCUUGGCGCCAGCCAUCUCAGAGCUGAGCCACGAUCCGGAUCGUAAGAUUACAAAGCGUGACACGCGCAACGUCAAGUUAGAGCGUCUGACGAUCAAUCACACGAGUCGAAGUUUCAUCAAAGGCAUCGAGUCGUGUCUCAAGGGAGGCUCGUUCCCGAUCACGAGCUCGUCUUCAUCAUCACAUCGAUCCGCGUCGAAGGAAGCGUCCAGUGGGCAUCACAGUUCCAGCACCAAGAGCAAAUCGGAUCCAAAGUCCAGUAGUCAUUCCAAAUCGGGUUCCUCGUCAUCGUCAAGUCAUAAGAAGGAUCGUGAUCGCUCCAAAGAUCGCUCCAAGGACAAAGAGCGAGGCAAGGAGCGAUCCAAGUCAGAGCGAGACCCAAAGUCCCGAAGUCAUCGUGAGGGCAAGGACAAGUCCUCGCCCCAUCCUGCCUCAGUGACCUCAUCCACCAGCCAUGCAAAAGACGCCAAGACAAGUGCCAAGGGAGAGGAUGCCAAAUUCCACGCUCCCACGAGUGCCUCCAAACCGGCUUCCACUACGAAGGAAUCAUCAAAGCCUAAGAUCAAUGAGACAUUCAAGGAUCUCUUUGGUGAGCCCAUUCAAAAAGCCGAAUCCUCAUCUUCCAAGAGCAAAAAGGAAUCAUCGUCGUCAUCCUCCAAAAGCUCGAGUAAGGACAACGUUGCCAGCAAAUCGUCCGACAAACCCUCAUCCUCGUCGACAUCCUCGUCAGCUCCACCCACCGUUAGCGAUGCUUCAAAAUCUACGCCCAAGCAUUCCGAGGGAUCUUCCAAAGGAAAGUCUUCGUCCUCGUCAGGUUCGUCGAAAAGUUCAAAGUCCCGAGAGGAACGAAAGAAGAAAGAAAAAGAACGCGAAGCCAGAAAAGAGAAGGAAAAGGCCAAGGCCAAGGAAAAACUGGAACGUGAAGAGAAGGAACGAGUCGAGAAGGAAAAGGAGGAACAGCGGCUGAAGGCUGAAGCCGAGGCCAAAGCUUUGGCUGCGGCGGCGGCGGCCGCAGCGCUGAAGAAGGAAAAGGAAGAAAAGGAGCGCAAAGAGAAGGAGGAACGUGAGCGGCUGGCUCGAGAGGAAAAGGAACGAAAGGAACGCGAAGAACAGGAAAAGAAAGAGAAGGAAAAGCUGCUCCGUAAGGAGAAGGAGAGAAAGAGAAAGGAAAAAGAAAAGGAAAUGGAAGAGCAGGAUCGAAUCGAAAAGGAACAAAAGGCUGCCGCAGAUGCUACAGCGGCUGUUGCAGCCGCCGCGGCGGAAGCUGCCAAGAGGAAACGCGACUUGGAGGCCAAAGCGGCCAAAAAGGAGAAGACCAAAGGUUUCGCCACCAUGGCUGGGAUCCUCAAGGCCAAGGCCAAAGAUGAAAAAAGCGUCAAGGCCGGGUCCGAUAGCGAGGAGGAGGAAGCGGAAGAGUCCACGGCAUCCACCAGCAAAGGGUCUUCUAAAAAAUCAAAGAAAGAGAAAAAGAAGAAAAAAGAGAAGAAAAAGAAACGCGAAAAGGACAAAGACCAUCGGGACAGCAAAAAGAAAAGUUCCAAGAAAAAGAAGAAUGAGCCUCCCCAACCAGCCAAGGCCGAGUCCAGUCCAGCCUCCUCCUCCACCAGCAAAGUCGUGGAGUCUCCGCCUCCUGCCCCGCCCCCAGUACCUGCCCCCAUUCGCCACGAGAGCUCAUCCUCGCCCUCGCCCAUUCCUUCUGAAGGUGGACAUGUCUCGUCACCAUACGCCUCGCCUUCCCCACCCCUUUCCAAUAAGAAGUCCCCACUCCCCAAACGCUCAGCCGCAGCCGUUGCCCUCGGGAAGGCUCCUCAAAGUGGUCUUUCACCGGUUCCGAAAUCUCAACGUCCUCCAAGUCCGGCUCUCAGCUCCAGAUCUCAUUCGUCCUCGCCUCGUUCGGUGUCCGUGUCAUCGAGGAGCCGAUCCCCAAGCCCGGUGGUCAAUAGUAAUGGGCAUCGUUCAGGAAGUGCCAUGAGUGGACAACAACCAGGGAGCGAGAGCCAGGCUAAAGCCACGCCUACUGUCACGGCCAAGUCCCCAGUCCCGUCUCCUCUCUCCUCCUCCUCUAGCUCGCCCGUCUCUUCCCGAUCCACAUCACCUAUUCGAUAUGUGCCCGCUUCGCCUCCGCCCGUGAAUGGUGUGGCCCUCGAUGACAAGCUUGACGUCAAUCUCAUCAGUCCCCUCGGAAGUACGUCCUCGUCUGUGAUGCAUGACGAUGAUGACGAUGACGAACCCGACAAGAAGGACGUUGUCAAGUCGCCCAACAGCAUUAUGAACCAAACCAGCAAUCGGAAGCGAACCAGCAACGAUCUCUUCGAGGAAGACAAGGAUUCGACCCAUUUGGAAGGCCCCAAUUCCGACAACGACUCACGCUCCAAAGGCAAACGGGCCAAGCUCGACAAGACCAAGUCUGACACGGGCGAAGAAGAUAACCUCGCCCGCGAGAGUCCCGUUCAAAAUGAGCAUCAGGACUACCCGGAGGUGUCGCAAUUCACACCCGAGUACAUCCAUUUGCUACAGACCAUUCAAGAUCGGAUCUCGAAUCCCCAAUCCAACGACAAUCUGGCGGCCGUGAUCUCGCUCAUCCAACAAACAGGUUGUUUCUCCGCCAAAUCCAAGUCCUUCAAUUUCGAUCUGUGCCUUCUGGAUCGACAAACGGUGGAGAAGAUCCAGCGGUGUCUGGACAUCCAAGUAUGACCCAAACUCAUGCCAAGCUCUGUCUUGGAAGAGGACGGCGGCAAUAAUGAUGGUAAUGAUCAAGAUAAUCAGAAGGAUACGAAUGCCACAAAUCGUCAUAAGUAUCAAAGUGUGGAGAAUAAAGCGAAGAAAAAGAAGCGAAAGAAGAGCAAGAAGCGGAAGAGGCAGGCGGCCCAUUGAAUCCACGUUUGUCAGAACUCUUCGGGUCAUUCCACGCGAUGGCUUGCAUCAAUAACUCACACGCCCACUAACCUCUCCCUGUGCACAACCAUCAAGCCUGGAUCCAUUUUGAAAGUACAAUUUUCAAGCUCAUAUCAAUCGUGCUCUCGUCACCCUCCUUUCCGCCAAUUCCAUCUUUUCUUGUUAUGUAUGAGUAUGUAUGUCUAUCUCAAUGAAUUACUUACUACGUAUGAGCAUCCAGUGAAAUCAAUCAAAACCUGUGAUAUUCUCACA